GCGUGGUGUGUGGCCGUGAAUGCAGCAGCUAGCAAAGAUCACAUACUAUAAAAUAAAAUGUAUAAGAGAAGAAAAUAAUCUGAAAGAAUAUAAACGCUUCUUCAUGGCGGAAAAAGAGCAGAGAAAGCUGCCUCUUUCCCUGAAAGACUUUACUGAGGGAAUAGCGAGCCCGGUGUUUUAUACAGUCAUUGGUUGCUUCCUGGUGUUGCUGCACAGGCUCUCGGUGUCCCCGAUUCAGUUUGCUGCAGUGUCAGUGUUAGUUCUUUCUUUAUUCUUGCAGUGUGAACGCAGAAAGAAGAAAGAUCCAGGGAGACGACCGCUGGUAAAGUGGCGCCCUGUCUCUUCAUCUUUACACGUAUACAUAUAUGUUAUAGCAGCAGACUGUGUCUUCUACAUCCGUAAAAGAAAUCAGACAACAGGUGUGUAUAUAAUGUCAGCUGUGGCUAACACAUUUGAAAAUGUGAAAGCAGUUAUUCUAUCAGCUCAUAAAAACACAACAUCAAGGGACAAGGUCUCCUUCUACGACUCCUGGGCAGAGAACUAUGAUCAGGAUGUGGCUGUCCUGGAUUACCGUGCACCAACUCUGGCAGCAAACUGCAUCUCUUCCCAUUUCAGUGGAGAUCGUGAGGGUGCCGUCGUAUUGGAUGUGGCCUGUGGUACAGGACUGGUGGCCACACAGUUGAAGAAACUUGGAUUUGGAAAGUUUGUGGGUAUAGAUGGAAGCGAAGCUAUGUUGGAGUUGGCAAGACAGAGUGGGUUGUACCAGGACUUGAAGCAGAUCAUGCUGGGAGAGGAGCCACUGCCUAUCCAGUGGGAUUCGUUUGAUGUGGUUGUGAUUGUUGGAGCACUAAGUUUUGGUCAUGUCCCUCCUGCUGUGGUCAGAGAUCUGUGCAAGACCACCAAACCAGGUGGCUACAUUUGCAUGACUACCAGAAGUAACCAGGACAAUCUAGAGUACAAAGGCUGUCUUGACUCUGAGCUCAGGCAGAUGGAGAACGAGGGGCUUUGGACUUGUCUAGAGGUCACAGAGGUGGAAAACUGGGAGAGAGCUGUGUCGGAGCACGAGGAUGGCUACAUAUCUGGCGCUGUAUAUCUCUACAAGAAACUAUAAUUAUACAUAUAUCACAAAAGUGUAUGGUGGUUUAAAAUCACACCAGCAAAGGUGCAGAAUAGACUUAUUAGAGAAGAAACAAAACCGGGAUAAAAUUUACGUAAGUUUAAAAAGGAUGGCUUGAUUUUUGCAUUUGCAGAAUUAGGUAGGCUCAAAGAUGGAAAGCUGCUUUCAAGCAAAUGAGUAUCUUGCAGCUGAGUAACAGACUUUUCCUUAUUGAAAGUAAAUGAACCAUUUUCUAAAUAAAUGGUUAUAUAACUUGUGUCUGUAACUGUGUCUGUUGUGCAUUAUUAUCUGCCAUCCACUAAUAAGUGAGUUUAUGAGGUUACAUUUUCUAAUUCAGUGAUUCAGUUGGCUCAAAUGUUAGGCUAUCCCCUUUGUGCUUAAAACUUUAUUAACUUUAUUUGCUAUUUGUUUUAAAUUUUAAAACUAGUCAAGUCGAAAAGAAAUUGGACAAUUAUGCUUCUGUACACCACCACGGUGGAUUUUAUGUUAAGCAACCCAGAUGAAGUGGAGAUGUUUUACCAAUGACCUGACCCCGUUUAACAAUAUUAUAUACAGCAUCAGAUACAGUUUUAGGUGACUGAAAGCCUAAUGGUCAGUGUGCAUUUCAUAUGGACGUCUUGAGCAGUGAAUCUCUAAAUUCUUGCUUGGGUCACUGGGCUGGAUUUCUAAAAUUUUACAUUUUUGAAGACAUACAACCAGUGAUCAUAUCUUUGUGAGACCCAGCCUAUUCAUCUAUUCCAUUCCAUUCAUCCAGCAGUGGACACAAAUCACAAAUAAAGUUAAACUAAAACUUUUUUUCCUCCUUCCUUUUUUAUCUUCCUCCUCUGGAGGAUAAAACGUGGAUUCUUCAGACCCGUUUCUUAGUUUAGAAAGCUAGAAAGACUUAAUUUCAUUCACCCAAGGACAAA